AUGGCUACUGCAGUAGCGUCUUCCUACAGCGUUGGUGAUUUGUCUCAGGAAGGAUGUCGGCGAACACCUCAAGUCUAUCAGAGUAUUCUUCCAUUACGGCGCGAACGAUCGAUGUUGGAUACGGAAUUUCUUCGAAGUCAAAAAACCAAUUCAGUCAAUUCUUCUGGUUUACCACUUCGAUCUUCAGCUUUCGCUGGGGAAAAACAAUACGAACGAAAACAGAUUUCAACACAAAAUCGCUCAGCUAAAUCGGAUGAAAUCUUUCAAUUGAUUGAACGAAAAUUGCAAACCGGUAUUCAUGGUGUGCGACAUUUAUUUCGUGCCAAUGACCCAAAUCGGGCAGGAAAACUAUCGAGAGAAGGAUUUCGACGAGUAUUAGGACAAUUAUGUGGUUAUAUUAACAAUGAAGAAUUUGAAAAAGCUGCAAAAAUGUUCCGUAUGGGCGAUCGGGAUGCCACGAUAACAUUCGAAGAGUUUGUUUCCUACUUUCCUGAAAAUGAGAAAGUGAAACAUGAGUUAGCAGCAUUUUAUUCUGAACGUCAGAAUUCCUCACUACUAACUCUCAGCCAAAAUUUACCAACAAGCCAGUCAAAACGUUUUUUACCUCGAUUGACUGCCAGCUAUUGUUAUUCAUUAAUGAAGGCAAGAUGUCGUGAUCCAUCAUUUGUACCUAAUGAUUAUUUCCCCAAUGAUUGUCUCAACGACGGUCUGAUUAUUCGUGAUCAUUUGAAAAUCAUCUUGAAAAACUUUCAUCUGGACGACAUUAUUAAUAAUGAAAAAGAAUUGGAGAAACUUUGGGCAAAAUUCGAUUUGGAUAAUGUCGGUAUGGUUCGAACCAAUGUCUUUCUUCGUCUAUUAGAUUAUGGUGUUAAUCUUGCCGAUGAAAUUAACGCGAAUAUUCAAAGAUUAGCUACCGAUCGAAGUACACCGUACGCUUCCGCGAUUAUCGAAGGAUCAUACGCGAAGAAAAAGCGACCAGUAACAACAAAUAAGCGUCGAGAAGAGAAUGCCGAUGAUACACAGAAGAAAUAUACAACACCACUGCCAUCGGAUGAAUCAGAAGAUGAAACAACGGUCCGAUCAAGUGUAGGGCCAUCAUCAACGAACAUGUCAUUGAAAACAUUAGCAACAAAAUAUCGAAUGUUGGUACUGAAACAUAGAAGAUUAGUCAAACAAUUGAAUGAAGGCGAUGAUUUCAUUCCAUUCUUAGACCGAAAGGUUAACGAAGGUUAUUAUUGUUUGAAAACCAUCUUUUCUUACUUGGAUCCAGAUUAUACUAAUUUCAUUACAAAAGAGCAAUUGAUCGCUGUUCUCCAUCAAUUCGAUAUUCCUUUGACAUUUGAGAAUGUCGAUCAAUUUUUACAAAAAUAUCAUUGUAAAACAGCGAAAAACACGAACAACGAAACAAUCAUUGAUUACAAUGCAUUUUUGAAAUACUUCCAAGACCGUUCGGAUUCUAGUUUUCUUGCUCGGGCAGUGGGCGAUUUGAAAAAGGAUAAAUCAAAAAUCCCUCCAUCAAACCUAACGGAGGUUGAAGAUAGUCUGAUUGAUUUAUUACACGAUACUUUUCUUUCCCUAACAGCCGCGAUGAUCAAUUAUGUUUCGAGAGAUAAUGGUGAUUUAUGUACUGAAAAAGAAUUCUUUCUUGUCUUGAAAAAGGAACUUGGUAUUGCUGAUACUUAUCAAUUUACUGAUUAUCAAAAAGAUGAAAUUUACAAUGCACUGAACUGUACGAAUGAUAUGCGACAAAAACGACAUAUACCAUACAAACGUUUUCUCUACUUGAUCAUCAAACCAACAAUUGUACCACAAAAAGAACGAACUACCGAAAAGAAACCUCUGGAAAAGAAAUCAGCACAAAAACCAAUGACACCGCCACGAAAUUUAUCCUACAUUGAGAAAACCUUAUAUGAUCUAAUUCGUCUUCGUAUGCAUUCGUUUACAAAAGCAUUUUCAAAUAUUGACCAACCUCGAACAGAUCGAAUUAACAAAGAACAAUUCUACAAAGUCCUUCAAGAUGUGGAAACUGAUCUAACACAAUCGGAAGCGAAUUUAGUAUGGGCAGCAAGUGGCUUUCGUAUGGAUAGAAGUGUUCCAUUUGCAAAUCUCAUUCGACAAAUGGUCAUGUUUACUCAUGACGAAAAACAUGCAGCAGUCAAACAAUUGCAACGUUCUCAAGCAGCACAUGGCCGUUUAGCUUAUUCGGCACCCCGAACAGCAUCAUCGAGAAAUAUCGGAUCAUCAGGACGUUUGAGUGAACUUGUUUGCGUUAAUCAAUCGGUAGAUUAUCGAGAAUUAUACAAUCGCAUUCUUCCUUAUAUUCGCCAAAAUUAUACUCGAAUCAAAAAUGAUUUGCUUAACAAUGAUCCAACAGCUUGUGGCUUAGUCGAUUUCUCUAUCUUACGAGAUAUAUUGAAUCAAUAUGCAGUGCCUGUUAGCGAAGACGAAUUAGGUGCACUCGUUCGUCUAGAUGAUCCACGGAAUGGAUCAAGAGUUCAAUAUCCAUUUUUCAUACGAAAAUAUCAUCCGGAUGGACCUGUUAUACGAAUUAGUCCAUGGUUACGUGUACAUCCAAUCUACGAACAAAUCGUUCAGAAACAAUACGCAAAACGACCCGCCAAAGAAGUUCAUGAUCAACGAACACAGAACUCACGUGAUUUGAAAAAUCUUAUGCGAUUGUUUCAAUCCUAUGAUAAAUCACGAAAAGGUUAUUUAACAAAUGACGAAUAUAUUUCGUUACUGCAUGACAAUGAUGUUAAUUUGAAGAAAACCGAUGAAGAUUACUACCAAGUCUUUUCGAAAUAUGACCGACAAUUACGUGAUCAGUUCAAUUAUAUCGAUCUUUUCCGCACCAUAAUUGACACGAUUAUGUCUUAA